AUGUCAACUCUCUCAAGUCCUGUCCCAAUCAUGGCAAUCGCGAGCAUUGUAGCGUCAGCCUGGGCUUCUGGCGCCGGCGCGGCCAUCUCCUUCUUCACAAUAACCCCCAUCCUGCGCUCUUCCGCGCCGCGGGAAGUCAUGCUGGAGCAGUGGCAUAUCGCUUUCAACCUCGGCAAAGCCUUCAUGCCGCCGUUCGCGGCCGCCAUCGCGGCUUCCUACACGGCCGUGGCGUACACAUGUUUCACGAGGAGUCUCGAGUGGCGCGGGUUCGCGGCCGCGGGUGCUCUGACCAUCGGUAUCGUGCCGUUCACGAUCCUGUUCAUCCUGGAGACCGUGGGGGAGCUGGAGGGCAUGAUCGCCCGGGGGAGGCAAACUGCGCUGAAGGAUGAUGAGGAUUCGGAGAAGGUGAGGACGGCGCUGGGGAGGUGGAGCAGGCUCAAUUUGGCCAGGGCCGUGUUGCCACUUGCUGGGACUGGGUCGGCCGUUUGGAACUUGUUGUCGGUCUAA